CACAGAGUUCAUUCUGUACAAGGAAGCGCUCUUCUACUCAGGACCCGUCCAAAUGUGCACAACACUUUGUAAGAGCUUGCUUUUGACAGCCAAAAAACUCACCGUUUAUAACGGAGCUGCACAGAGUUGAUCGAGAAUGCAGACGCACUGUUGCCUCUCCUCUCCUCCGUGGCACUUUGGAUAAGGACGCCGGCAAGGACACCACGCCACUGCUGCUGAUUCGAACGGGAUAGAACCCACUGACCGGUCGCUCUUUUUAAACGGCCACUUUGGAUCUUCUUACCUUGUCACGCAUCUGGAUGUUUCGCUUUGCUUGAACAAGGGUGACUCACUGCAAGCAGAAGGCGAGCCUCUGCAUCCUAAUCACACAGUGGAGAGGACUUCAGCUCAUUGACAUUACAGUCAGACUUUUCUGGAGCCUUUUUAUUUAUUUAUGUAUUUCCACUGCGCUGCAUUGUAGCCUGCAAAGAAAAGGGAUACACAUUUUACGUUUUUAAAUUCACCAGAACCCCAUUUGGAACUAUUUUAUGGACUAGUAUGUCAUCUGUAUAGGUGGUAUCAAUUUGCAUUCACAAUGACUAUUCAGUUUGGAGAGUGGAUCACGAUUAUUGCUCAGAUGACUUUGAGUGCGCCGCUGAAUAUAAAUUAGGUGUUCAGCACCACCGAUUGCUGGGAGAGGCAGUGGGGGAGUGCGACAGAUAAAAUACAAUCCACUAAGGCAAAUGUCAAGACCUCACAUGAUGAACAGGACUCUUUUUUUUUAAUCCUAAGUAAUAAUACCCAGUUGUCAGAAAAUAUCAACAGGUCAAAGGCAACACAGCGACUAGACAACUUGUAGCCACUUUUAAAGAGAGGGGAUGUAUCUGUCUAUUUUCUUUUUCCUCCUCUUAUGGGCUCAAGCCCUGACAUUGAAAAACUUGAAUUACUCUGUCCCGGAGGAGCAAGGACCGGGGACAGUAAUUGGAAACAUCGCCAAAGAUGCCAGACUUGGCUUGGAACAGAUUGGGCAGGGAGGGCAGGGGAAGAAAGCCAACUUCAGAGUGCUGGAAAAUUCAGCACCGCAUCUCAUUGACGUGGACCCCCAGAGUGGACUGCUCUAUACAAAGCAACGCAUUGACAGAGAAACAUUGUGUAAGAGAAACCCCAAGUGCCAGCUCUCUAUGGAGGUGUUUGCCAAUGACAAGGAGAUCUGCAUGAUUAAAAUAGACAUCCAAGACAUUAAUGACAACUCACCUAGUUUCCCAUCAGAUCAGAUUGAUAUUGACAUAUCUGAAAAUGCAGUUCCAGGGACCCGUUUUCCCUUGACCAGCGCACAUGAUCCGGAUGCAGGGGAAAAUGGUCUGAAAACUUAUCAGAUAACACGUGACGACUACAAUCUCUUUUCCUUGGAGGUAAAAUCACGUGGGGAUGGAUCCAAGUUCCCAGAACUGGUUAUUCAAAGGCCGCUUGACCGGGAAGAAAGAAACCAUCACACCCUUAUUUUGUCAGCUACUGAUGGCGGGGAAUAUCCAAGGUCUGGUACCAUGCAGAUAAAUGUUAAAGUUAUUGAUUCAAAUGACAACAGCCCUGUGUUUGACCAGCCCUCCUAUGUUGUUGAAAUUCCUGAAAAUUCACCUCCUGGUAAAGUGUUGAUCGAUUUAAAUGCCACUGAUCCUGAUGAGGGCAACAAUGGACAAGUAGUCUAUUCUUUUAGUGGCUAUGCCCCAGAGAGAAUCCGGGAGCUGUUCUCCAUAGAUUCCAGAACAGGGGUCAUAAAGAUUCAGGGUGAAAUUGACUACGAAGAGAGCCCAGUUAUUGAGAUUGACGUACAGGCAAAAGACCUCGGCCCCAAUCCGAUCCCAGGCCAUUGUAAAGUCACCGUUAAAGUGCUUGACAGGAAUGAUAACUGGCCUUCUAUUGGCUUUGUGUCCGUAAGACAGGGAGCUAUCAGCGAGGCAGCACCCCCAGGCACUGUUAUUGCGCUGGUUCGUGUCACAGACAAGGAUUCCGGCAGGAACGGGCAACUUCAAUGCAGAGUACUGGGUAAUGUCCCUUUUAAACUAGAAGAGAACUAUGAUAACUUCUACACAGUAGUGACUGACAGACCAUUGGACAGAGAGGCACAAGAUGAGUACAAUGUCACCAUUGUGGCAAAAGACAAUGGCAUUCCCCCUCUAAACUCCACAAAAUCCUUCACCGUAAAGAUUCUGGAUGAGAAUGACAAUGUCCCCCGCUUUACAAAGUCAGUUUACCUUCUGCAGAUACCAGAGAACAACAUCCCGGGAGAAUUCCUGGGUUCAGUCCUUGCUCAUGACCCAGAUCUUGGACAGAAUGGUACUGUGUACUACAGCAUUAUUAACUCCAAUGUGAGUGGGGGUGAUGUCAACACGUAUGUAAAUGUGAAUGCUGCCAAUGGAGCCAUAUACGCAGUCAGAUCGUUCAACUAUGAGCAAAUUAAAUAUUUUGAUUUCAAGGUUCUUGCUCGAGAUGCUGGAUCACCACACCUGGAGAGCAAUGCAACAGUGCGCAUCAGUGUUCUGGAUGUUAAUGAUAACAUACCUGUCAUUGUUCUACCCCUUCUACAAAAUGACACAGCUGAAAUCCAUGUGCCGCGAAAUGUUGGUGUUGGCUACAUUGUCACCACAGUGAGAGCAGUUGACAAUGACUAUGGUGAGAGCGGGAGGCUCACCUACGAGAUCUCUGAUGGGAAUGAGGAACAUCUUUUUGAUAUAGAUCCAGUGACUGGUGAGGUGAGAACAGCCCAUCCUUUCUGGGACAGUGUUAGUCCCACUGUCGAGCUGAUCAUCCACGUUUCAGACCACGGCAAGCCAACCCUCACUGCUGCCGCUAGGCUUAUCGUCAAAGCCUCCAAUGGACAUCCUGCUGAUGGACUGCUGCAUAUAGACGACAAUCAGAACUGGGACAUGUCCCUGCCUCUCAUUGUGACUCUGAGUAUAAUCUCAAUCAUGCUUCUGGCUGCUAUGGUCACCAUAGCAGUCAAGUGCAAGAGAGAAAACAAGGAGAUACGAACCUAUAAUUGUCGAAUCGCAGAAUACUCACAUCCUCAGCUGGGGAAAGGAAAGAAAAAGAAGAUUAACAAGAACGACAUCAUGCUGGUGCAGAGCGAGGUGGAGGAGCGGGAUGCCAUGAAUGUGAUGAAUGUGGUAAGCAGUCCUUCCUUGGCCACCUCUCCCAUGUACUUUGACUACCAGACACGCCUGCCACUCAGCUCACCAAGAUCAGAGGUCAUGUACCUUAAGCCCACUGCCAAUAACCUCAGCGUGCCCCAAGGCCACGUGGGAUGCCACACCAGCUUCACAGGCCCAGUCACCAGCACUACAGACACACCUACUAACCGCAUGUCCAUCAUACAGACGGACAGUUUCCCCACUGAGCCUAAUUACAUGGGAAGCAGACAACAGUUUGUUCAAAGUAGUUCGACAUUCAAAGACCCAGAGCGAGCCAGCCUUAGAGACAGUGGCCAUGGUGACAGCGACCAGGCUGACAGUGACCAGGACACCAACAAAGGCUCCUGCUGUGACAUGUCUGCAAAGGAAGCGCUCAAGUUAAAGGCUUCGGGUGUUAGGCCGCCUCCGUUGGAGCAAGACGAGGACUGUUUGAAUUGUACAGAAGAGUGCCGAGUACUGGGUCAUUCUGACCGCUGCUGGAUGCCCCAAUUCCCAGCUGGAGGAAACCAGGCAGAGGGUGUUGAUUACCGCAGCAAUAUGUUCGUGCCAGCAGGGAUGGAGAGCGUGCCUGAGACAGAGACCUACGAGACUAUCAAUCCCAAUGGCAAAAAAACAUUCUGUACAUUUGGCAAAGAGCGCCGUGAUCACACUAUUCUCAUAGCAAACGUCAAGCCCUACUUAAAAGCGAAACGGGCCCUCAGCCCACUGCUCCAAGAGGUUCCCUCAGCAUCAGGCAGUCCAGUGAAGAGCUGCUCCACCACGUCUCCUUGCUCCUCACUUAAGAGUCCGGCUGAUGGGGCUGAAGGCAAGCCUCCUCCAGCCACCUGCUCUGGCUACUAUGGACCUCCUGAUGGUCAGUACCUGUCACCCACCAAACAAACCAGAGAGCAAGGGGUCUACCCGCCGUUGCCUCCAUCAGACCCAGUGGCCAAGGUACUCGCCGAGGCACGUUCCAGAAUCAGCCAAGAGACAAGAGGAGAAAUGGAGUGUGUGCUUGAGCAGAUGGAGCCUGACGAGGGCCGUGAUGGCAUGGAUGCCGACCAGGUGGUGAGAGACAUCGACAAGCUUUUGCAGGACUGCAGAGGAGGAGAUGCCACCAGCACACUUAGGAAGUGAUGCGGAGAACUUAAAAAGAGGAAAGGACGUCGAGUGAGGAAUAGGAAUCUAUUCCAAAAACUCUCAUGCCAAAACUGUCACCAAAAGUAACACAACCAUUUAAAUUGCUCUUUAGAAGGAGCUCUUCCCAAGGUAUUCAAAAGUACCAACACUGGGCAGACGAUGAGAACAUUUACUCAGUCAUUUUGAAGCAGUUGCAAUGACAAAAUCACUAUCAACAAAGAUACCGGAACUUCUUUAUUCUGCUGAAUUUAUAAAUUGCUUGUGUUUUGGAUUUUCAACCAAACACCUCGCAAGCUGUUUAAGUGCCCACCAGCUCAUGAGUUUGUUUUUCAUGGUCUCUUGUGAAAUCCUACAUAUCCAAAUGUGUGUAGGGGGAUUUCUGUUAUGUGUAAUGGCCAUAGACGACGAACGGGCGGACUUUUAAUGGUCAGGCAUGACAAUCUAUGUAUUGACAGUCAAUCUGAAUCUAUUGGGACAGAAACGGUUGGAUUACAGAAAAAAAAACAACCUUGCGUUUGGUGACUUUAAUGUAGGUGUUUAACAUGUGAUGCAUUAUGUGUGUGAACUGGGAAGAAUUGGUAAUCGGGGCUUUGAUGGAAGGGGUUAUUUUUUGACUGGUUGGUAACGGAGGGGACUAAUGCGCCGGCGAAGGAGAAUUUCAAUGUAACCAUGUUUUUCACCUGUCAUUUGUAGCCACUUGUGUAAGCUGUGUCUGUCUCACGCUUCUAUUCAAACAUUCAUGAUGCGAACUAGUGCUGCCACACGCACCACUUCUACACACGGGCACAACACGGCAACACACUCACAAGCACUGAUGACCUCUCUGCACUACACACACUAAUGCAUAUACACUACUGGCCAUCUGUGUAGUUGUCGUAUACAUGUACAUCAUCAGCUUUCAGUCUCUUGUGUACAGUGAAUUUCCAUGUGUGGUAAUGCCUUAAGGCAAUCACAAGUUGUAUAAAAAGGGACAUUUUUCCUCAACUGUGAAAAAAAAAUUAUAUCUAUAUAAUUAUAUAGAUGCCUAUAUGUAAGAAUCCGUGUAACACAACAUUUAUACCUUUUUAUAUAUAUAUAUAUAUAUUAAAAAAAAGAAGGAAUCUCAGUGAAAAGUGUCCUUGAGUUAAGACCAAGAGUAGGGAAAUAACUCAAAGAACUACAAAGGACACUGUCUCUGUUUUGAUGACAAAUAUCCAAAAAUGCUAAAGAAAAUGUCCCUUCACAUUAUCACGAUACAUAUUAUCAUUAUGUGUGUAAAUGUAUUGAAUUUAGACGUGUCCACAUUCAAAACAAUAUAUUUUUUUUUUAUUUUACUGCAAUUUCUGUGCAUUUGAGCCAAAUUGUUAUGUGUACAAAAGCUAUAUUGUGUAUUUUAUUAAAUUAAUAUAUUGUUGUGUUGCAAUAUACAUGGGCUUAUAUUGUAUUUGGCAAAAGUUGCCUUAGUAGCUGUCGAACUCUGUGAGUUUGCUUUAGUUUGUUUUGUUUUUUUUGUUUUUUUUCCUCUAGUUUCUGCAUCUCUGCCGAGUGGCUUCAAUGCUUUUGAGACGUUUUCCCCGAGAUCCAGCCGGAUCUAACACAAUAACUGUUGAAAGCUUAAUGAGCCAGCUAGAUGAUUUACAAUACAAGUCAAAAACCACCACCUACAAAAAAAAAACAAAAAAAAAAAGCGACAACCACAAGAUAUCAAUUUGGGUAUUUUUACAGAGCUGAUUUUUACAGGGCAGCUAUUUUCUUUUACAAGAGCUAGUAUGCACAUUUUUUUUUGUUCAUUAUGUUUUUACUUUUAUUCCAAAAGAAAAAAAAAAAAACUUGCCAUAUGGAAAGUGGAGUGAUUUUCUUGGUGAUCAUCAAACUGCCUUACUGUCUCUGCGGAGAGCUUACUGUAUCUGUGGAGCUUGUGACUGCUUAUGAGACCCCGGUCCACCAGAAUGUGCAUUUUCUAUAAAGGACCAAAGGAGGUCCCCUUUCAGCAGUCCCUGUUAUUUAUGUAUGUACUGCUUCUCAACACAUGCUAAGUAGAAUUCUCCUCAAAACUGGACAUCUGAAAUUCUGUCUGCUUUGAACUUGAUGUCUUAGCUGUUUAGGUACACCAUAGUAUAUUCGCAUUGAGGCUUUCUUAAAAUAUUGACACAGACAUUUAUUUUUUCAAAUCUUGGCACAUUUUGGCCACUCUGUGAAAUAAUAAAGGGAGGUGCUUUUUCUAAUAUUCUUUGACUGCAGCAAAAAGAAUCAGCCAAACAGUAGGGUUUAGAUGAGAUGUGUCUGGAAAAUGUGAUCAUAUGAUGCAUCCAUAAGAGGGAACAGUGACUUACUACACAUUCAUUAUGGCUCCCGGUGUAUUUUGCGGCAAAACGUGUCAUGUAGGUUUUGACAGCAAGAAUAAUACAUUCCAUCCUGCAGACAUGUCACAUCUGAGUAUAAUUCUUUGUGUGUGUGUCACAUUCUUAAUCGAGUUACUGGUAUUGGACAUCCUCCUGUCAAUCUGCCUAGCUCCCAUUAUUUGUUAUUUCUCUCUUUGUUUGCCUACUUUUUCUUCAUCUUUCUGUGUUUGCUUUGUCGCCUCUGAGGAGCAAAGUAACAGUUUGCCUUCCCCACUCAUUUUAGUCUGUGAAGUAUUUGAUUUCUGAUUUACCUUACUAUUUUCCUCAGAGAUGGCAGCGACUGUUUUUAGAGAAGGCUUGGAGGAUUUGACUUAAGAGGAAAGUAUUUAUGGUUAUUUUUAAAUGGGAGUUUUUGUCACCUCUCUGGAUAACUCAAGCGAGCCUGACACGCGCUGCAAACAUACAGUAGAAAUUGUUCAAAUGUGCUGCUCAAAAUACCCCACCCACAGAAAGCCACCACUUCAGCAAAACACUGCCUUUCAUUUAAAUGCAAAGGCCCUUAAAGGUAAACUAAAGGGUGAAAAGGAGAGUAAAGCACUACCUAGACAACUGUGACACAUCUGAACUUCAUGUUCGUUCUUCUCUUUUAUCUCAUCGAGCUCCGUCUUCAUGCCGGAUCAAGCAUUCCCUUCACCAUAUUCAUAUGCUUUAUUUACUUCCACAACAUUUCCUUUCUUGCUGUUCAGCUUAUUUCACACGUGUAAUAUAGGUUUAAUUGGAACGCAAAUAAAUGGUGUUUUUCUGCAAGUCUUGUUUUAUUUGACUACAUUUUGUACUCUUAGUCCUGCUGCCACGAGUGCUGUCCCCUCUGAUGGUGUUCACUUGGCCGGCCACUGUCUGUUCAUGUGCAAAGUGCAGGUUGAAAAGGAGCUGGUUCGUGUUCAUGGAAGGUUUCUUUAAAGCCAUGGCCCCAGCUCUCUCGGCCUAUUUGCUGUCUAAUAGAGCAAAGCCUGAUGCUGAGGUCAACACAUAGUUGUUGAUGGAGCAUUAUGUGAAACCUAAUAAUAUGCUAUAUAAUAUGCUAUCAUUCACAGGCGGCAGUGCAUUGCUCAAAUCUAAAAUGAUCUAUUUUUGGACACUGUUUGGUAUUAGCAAGAUUCAAGGAGAAGGCCUUGUUGAAUGUGGCUCACCGCCAUUGUCUCUGACUCACACUGAUACAGGUACACACACACACACACACAUUUACAAAAACAUAUUUGCAGCAACAGUACCACAAGCAUCACGUUUGUCAGCGUCAUCUUCUCCCCUCCCCCUUCGACCUACACUGCACAGCAUAGGGCUCACACUAACAGGCAACUGGUGAAGACCAGAGAAAAUAAUUUAUAUGGAUUAUUUCAACUGCUAUUGUCAAAAGGCUUUGCUCAUUGUGAUCUUUAUCUGAAAAAAAAUGAACAAUUCAAAUAAAAAAGCAAUUACUAAUAACGUUCUCUUGUCUUUUUAUCAGUUGAUGAAAAAAUCUAAAUAAUUAGCUGUUUUACAUGUUUUUUGACUGUGCAUACUGUCCUAUCUCGCCACAUAAAUGACAAUUUAUGUAGUAAGCCCUCAUUUAUCGCGGUUAAUUGGUUCCAGACCCGGCCAUGAUAAAUGAAUUUCAGUGAAGUACGAUUCCAUUUUUAUAAAUAGUUUAUUUCAUAGUUAGAGAAUAGAAAACAUGUUUGCUACCUUCUAAAUAUGGCUUUUAACAUUAUCAGAGCCCUCUACACAUGAAAUAACACCCCUAUUGUCUCCUUUACAUUAGUGUUACUCAAUAUAGUAGACAUACACUACCCGUCAAAAGUUUUAGAACACCCCAAUUUUUCCAGUUAUUUAUUGCAAUUCAAGUAAUUCAUGUCCAAUGGAUAGCUUGGAGCCACACGGUUAGCAUGUUGGCGACACAGUCACGAG